CACUGGCUGGAGCAGUGACCCCAGUAGAGGGGAGUACUUAAAUACUGCUUAUUGUUGCUGAGAACGUCUCCAGGAACUGGGGUCUUGGUGGGCCGGGGAGGGUUUGCUCUCUGACUGCUGCGAAAAAGCCGGUUCCUUCAACGCAGUCUGCAGUAAACACCUCGGCAAGUGACUUUCCCCUCUUUGGGCCUCAAUUUCCCUUUCUGUAAAAUAGGGGUGAACAGGACUGGGCUCGGGACCCCUAAGUCCUGUCCGGCUGAGCGUCGAUGACUCCAAGGAGUUUGGCUCCACCAUUCCCAAGUCCGCCCCGGAGCGCUCGCGGGGGCGGGACGGCCCCCAGGACGCAGGGAUCCGAUCCUCGCCAAGCCGUUCCGGUCAGCAGCAGCCCCGUCGCUCCCCCGGCCCUGCCGCGCUGGGAAGCCCCAGUCCCCGCCAGCCCAGUCGCGCUGGCGCUUUAAGGUCGGGCGAGGUGGGCUGGGCGACAGCGCUAGACACCUGGAGCUGCCCGGAGCCGGGGCCACCCGGAGUCUCGGCGGGACCAGGCGGCAGGCGAGGACGUGCAGCAGAGACCCGAGGGUCGCUGCCGGCAGGGUCGCUCCGCCCUGGCGUUCCCCGCCACCAGGCCUUCACCCGCACCCAGCUCCCCGCACGCCUGGACAGCUCCUGCCACCCGCCGCGCGAUGGCCCUGCCCCAGAUGUGUGAUGGGAGCCGUGUGGCCUCCACCCUCCGCUAUUGCAUGACGGUCAGCGGCACAGUGGUUCUGGUGGCUGGGACACUGUGCUUCGCUUGGUGGAGCGAAGGGGAUGCAAGCACCCAGCCUGGCCAGCUGGCCCCGCCGACGGACCACCCGGUGCCCCAGGGCCCCAGCCCCCUGCUCAGGUCGGUCAGCUUUGUCUGCUGUGGUGCAGGUGGCCUGCUGCUACUCAUUGGCCUGCUGUGGUCUGUCAAGGCCAGCACCCGGGGGCCACCCCGAUGGGACCCCUACCACCUCUCCAGAGACCUGUACUACCUCACUGUGGAGUCCUCAGAGAAGGAGAGCUGCAGGACCCCCAAGGUGGUUGUCAUCCCCACUUACGAGGAAGCCGUGAGCUGCCCACUGGCUGAGGGGCCCCCCGCGCCACCUGCAUACCCUACAGAGGAAGCCCCAGAGCCACGUGCCUCGGGGGAUGCCCUGCUGGGCACCCAGCCCCCCUGGCCUCCGCCCAGCUAUGAGAGCAUCAGCCUUGCUCUUGAUGCCAUUUCUGCAGAGACAACAGCAAGUGCCGAACGCGCCUGCUCAGGCCUGGCUCAGACUGCAGCAGGGGGAAGUUAA